AUGGAGACAACGCCAAAACGAUCCAAGACUUUGUUAAUGUCAAACGGAGAAGAGAGAAGAAGCAUGACGUUUGGUAUUGAGAUGCUUCCUGAUGAUUUAGUAUUAAGUUGUCUAGCUCGUGUGCCAAGAAUGUACUAUCCAAUUCUCUCCUUAGUCUCCAAGAGAUUCCGUUCUUUCCUCACUUCAACGGAGCUUUACCAAACCCGAAACCUCUUAGGCAGCACCGAGAGUUUUCUCUUCGUGUGCUUACGAAUCGUCAACGAUUCUAACCCACUACGUUUGUUUACUCUCUGCCGGAGACCAAAUAGCUUGACGAAAGUUAUGGUCCCAAUUUUAUCUCCCGAUUCUAUUCCCAAGUUCUUGCCAGAUGUUGUACUGGUUGGUUCUAAUAUCUAUGUCAUUGGCGGUUUAAUAAACAACAAUGCAUCUCAUAAAGUCAUGGUCAUGGACUGUCGUUCUCACACAUGGCGUGAGGCCCAAGGCACGUGUGUCGCCCGUGUGAGCCCAUCUGCUUGCGUUCUUGAUGGAAAAAUAUAUGUAGCAGGAGGCUGCAAAAAUCUAGAUGCAACUAUGUGGAUGGAGGUAUUCGAUACAAAGACUGAAAGUUGGGAGUUUGUGUCGAGUCCUGGCGAGGAAAUUUGUAGGGACCUUACUAGCUGCGAAAGCAUAGGGUAUGAUGGAAAUGUCUACGUGGAAUCUAUGAAGACGUAUGGACUUUACGAGCUGCAUAAAGGGAGAUGGAGAGAAGGACAAUACUCGAUGAGUAGGGGUGGUAGUUUAUCAUCUCAAUGUGUGAUCGAUAACGUGCUCUAUCGUUCUUGGAGCUAUAUGGUCGAGUGGUACGACUCUGAGAACAAAUUGUGGAAUAGCUUGAAGGGUUUGGAGAAAUUGUUUAUCGUUACUAAUCAGUAUGUUCCUACUAAAUGCGUGAAUUAUGGUGGAAAAUUGGCGGUAUUCUGGCUCGAGAAGGUGUAUGCUAAACAUCUUCAUCAAGAGACAAAGAUUUGGUGUGCGGUAAUUACGAUUGAAAGACGCAAAAAAGAGGAGAUCUGGGGGACUCGUGAGUGGUUCGACCUUGUGUUUACAACUAAUGAGGAAAUGGUUGACUUAACGCAUGUUUUUGCUGCUACUCUUUAA